GAAUGGUCGAGUGGUUCUCUUUCGCUCCAUAUGGCAGGUAAUUUAGUGAAAUUGAUGUUUUUUUUCCUGUUGCUGUUAAGAGUCUGGUAAAACUACCCGGGUUAUACGGCCCUGAAUGCCAUCGGCUUUGGGUAUCAGAGAAUGAAGACCGAAGUGCCGGCAGAGUGGACCGCGACAUUCAUUUGCAAAAUGGCUGAUCACAGGGAACGAGACUCGUACUACUCGCAGUCGGAUCCGCGCUCGAAAAACGAUGAUCCGCCAAAUUCGCGACUGUUUGUUAUCUGCCAUAAGAGUCUUGAGGAAGAGGACCUCAGAAAAGCUUUUGAGAAGUUCGGAAAGAUUGAAGAUAUCUGGGUGGUUAGAGAUCGGAACACUGGCGAAAAUAAGGGGGUCACAUAUAUUAAGUUUUCCAAGACAUCAGAAGCUGCCUUUGCAUUGGAAGAGAUGAAUGGAAAAAUGCUUGGAUCGGUUGGUCGCCCAAUUAAAGUUAUGAUUGCAUCAAAUCGUGAUCAAGGGUCAGUUCGAGAGACCAAUGAAGAAGAGAGAUGGGUUCGACUAUUCUGUGUAUUACCAAAAUCAAUGACAGAUGGUGAACUACAACAGGAAUUCUCCAAAUUUGGUACUAUCGAAUAUGCCACAGUAGUCAAAGACAGAAACACAAGUGAGUCAAAGGGUUUCGGCUAUGUAAAAUUUCGAAAAGUCUCGAGCGCAGCAAAGGCAUUCGAGGAAUGCGAUAGAAAAUACAAGGCAGUGUUCGCUGAACCAAAGAAGCCAAAGCCUGACCAUGGCGAUGCAAAGUAUAGCAAUGGUCUGUCAAUGCCCUAUGACAAUAUUGCUGGAGGAUUCGGUUCUUCAAAUUUUGGCAAAAGUAGCAUAAGUCUGGAAAUUGCAACAAAUUAUCCAAACACUGAGGGCUAUACGCGUCUGCAAGUAAUAGCUCACCCAGCCUUAAAUCAGGAUCAGCUCUGGCGACUGUUCGACAUUGUUCCUGGAUUGGAUUACUGCCAUCUGAAAACGGAUGUAAGGUAUCGGAUGCCAAGGGGACAGGCAACAGUGGUUUACUCAAACUCCAGUGCCGCCGCUUACGCCAGAGACAAGUUCCACGGUUUCGAAUAUCCACCCGGCCACAGAAUGAUUGUCAAACCAGAUCUAACAGUACCACCACAGAAAAGUACGAAAGCAGGAAGUUCGAAUCUCGGUAUUGGUCCAAGGACAGAUUUGGCACACUUAGCAGAAACCAUCGCUCAAGCCACAUCCUUGAUUCAAGCCGCAGGUCUUACAACGCCGAGCUGUUCAGGUUUGGAGCAUUCAAUGACCAUCAAAUUACCUAACGUACAGCCUAUGGCCAGUAUAGACGCUGACGUGGCGAAGAGGUGUUUCAUUGUUUGCGGUCCGCCUGUGCCUCCCAUAUAUGCCAUGAAGGACGCUUUUUGUAGGUUUGGAAACCUAAUAGACGUUUACAUGCUCCCAGGGAAGAAUUGUGGAUACGCCAAGUAUGCUACCGUGGAGAGUGCAAAUAAAGCCAUCGAGGUCUUACACGGUCAGGAGAUCUGCGGGUCUCGACUGAAGGUUUUAGAAGCGGAAGAGCGCAAUGCGGGUGACGAUCGUAGGAAACGACUGAAAAUGGACGAGGACGAAAAUUAAGGCCCAUUUUGUGUAUUACAGACUGACUGGUAUACACAAGCUGGACGCACGCAACAAAAGAGACGAAUUUUAAGACUCACUUGACCACGUCGGGCCUGCAGCCAAGGAAACUACUCCAACUAUACCUACUUUUAGCUAUCGUUUACGUUCGCAACUUCAACGUUACUGAAACAUUAACGUUACUUUACUUAUCCUUACCUUACUUUACUUAUCGCUACACCUAACGUCGGACCUUCUGAUAUUAUUUUCAAUGGGCCUGUGCGAAGAGUUAAUCGAGGCGAGGUCCUUUUUUCGUUUGACUUUCAAGUUUUAAUGAGGAUCAAAGUUUUAUUAAGGUCGGAGUAUACUUUUUUGACAAUAUCAUAAGUUUUCAUUGAACUUUAAUAUUCUCAUGAAUUCUAUUAUACGACAAAGCUUUAAGAAAAUCUUAUAAAAUUUACUGUAUGAUUUUAAAGCGCUUGUUACGUUUUACGCAUGACAAAUUUAUUAUUGGUAAUUCUACUGACAGAUACGUAACGUAUAUCAUAGAUUAAUAUGCAAGGAGAUAAUUUAAUGAACGAUCGAAACCAAAAAAUUUGUUUGUACAAUGAGUCAGUAAGAAUGAAAACUGACGAGCAUUAUAAAUUCAAAAACGUAAUAUAUUUUAUUUACCGGAUAAACUGUUCGCACAGGCUUCUUAGGUGCGACUUGCCUUAGGAUUAGCAAUUGGACUAUAUAUUUUUCAUUUCUGUUAAUUUAAAACUUGUGCGAUUUUACAGUACAGUGUCACAUACGAAUUUGCCAAAGGCCCAAAAAUAUUUUACCACAAACUGCUGAUUAAAAUAUAUAUAUGUAUACGUUCUAACGACGAAAUUUUUUGGACAGUUAAAUUCAAUCCGACUGUUUGAUUCAGGAAAUAAAAAAAAGAAAAUUGCCUCAAAUCUAUCGAACUUACACAUGAUCGAUGUAUCCUCGAUACUCGUGGACCCGAAUUCCAAAGCAAGGUAUAUCCUUGGAGUAUAGCGUAAACACUAUUUUAUACCACGGGACAGCACACACUCGUAAUACCAAUAGUUUACCAGUGAUAAUGUAAAAUUUACUUUUAUUUAUUAAACUGUACAUUCGUCAACAAAAUGACGGCCAUCGACAUCACAAAAGUUAAACAACACUUAGCACAUAAGUAAGAUGCAAAAAAUUCAAAUCUGCAAAUCGGUUCUUCGAGCGUCAAUUGUAUACAAGUUAUGUAGAAAUUUUGACACUGACCCACGUACCCCUAGGACCUUCCUUAACUGUCAAAACGAGAAUUUAAAAAAAUUUAAUUACAACGUUGUAUUAUUUUAAAAAAAAGUUUAGUAUUACGCGUGCAACAGCGUCUAAUUAAUAAGGAUGGAAGUGGAGAUAUACCAAUGAUUGCCAAUCGAAUUAUCCUUCGACACAAUAUGCCAAGUGAUAGGAACGAGGCGAAAGAUUAAAAAAAAAGAAAAAAAAAUCUAGGUAGUGAUAGUACAGCUAGCGAUAGGGUACACGUUAAUAAUGAUCAAAUGAUAAUUAACGUCUUAUUAUAGUGGAUACAUCUUGUUUUGGAAGGAUAUUAUAUAUAUACAUAAAAAUAUAUAUCGUAUACAGAGUAAUUAAAGAUAAGGACAAUGAAUUAUAUUUCCACGCUAAUAAAUUGAUAUCGAGCAAAUUUCGCAAUCACGUAUUAGCGAAUUGACUUCAUAACGUAACGCGUGCGUAUGCAGUGUCGAAACGAUGAUUCCUUUAUAAAAGAAGAAAAGGGGGAAGAAAAAACUUUUUAUAUUUGCGAUUGUGCUUGCACGUUAAAAUAUAUCCAGGUGACUGUAACACAUAGGGACAUGUCCUCGUGGAAUCAAAUACACAUUCUUUACGAAAAACAAAGGAAAA